AUGAAGGAAGAUGAGAUGGUGAUACUGGUCAAGGAAUGCAGCGCCUUGAUUAAGCUGCCUCCAAAGAUGCCAGAUCCUGGAAGCUUCCUUAUUCCCUGCACUAUAGGGACCAUCACUUUUGAGAAGGCACUGUGCGACCUUAGCUCAAGCAUCAACAUCAUGCCUCUCUCUGUGAUGAAGAAGCUAGGGAUCCAGGAAGCACUACCUACUAAAAUCUCAUUAGAGAUGGCAGAUAUGUCCCUGAAACGGGCAGAUGGCAUGGUGAAAAAUGUUCUUGUAAAGGUGGAAGACCUUUACCUCCCAGCGAACUUUGUGAUACUAGACACUGGGGAGGACAGAGACGACUCCAUCAUCCUUGGAAGGCCUUUUCUAGCUACUGCAAAUGCCUUAAUCGAUGUGAAAAAGGGAGAUCUAGUCCUGAGAUUGUGGGAGGAUCAUAUUUUUUUUAAGAUCCCAAAUCCUCACUCUCCCUCAGAUAAAAGAGGUACUACUGUGCAACACUUGGUGUUCCGACCUUCUCUCAGUAGAGAGCAUUACAGAACCCCCUGA